AUGGCCAGACGUCGGUUGUAUGACAACGCUGAUGUAGACAUCAAGUACGAUAUUAUCCUGGAUCCUGUGCGAGAGUCGAACUUGUUCCUGCUUCUAAUGAGAUUGCAACUGGCGAUGGGAAUGGUGCCGACACCUAAGCUACCACCAUGGUGGCCAAAGUGGCUCAGAUCCGUGGGUGCGGUUUUGGUCCGGGGAUAUUGCUCCAUUGUGAUUUUUACGUCGCUGCAUCUGGGAGUCCUUUUCACCAAGACUACGCUAGAUGUCCUGCCCACGGGCGAGCUACAGGCGAUUACUGACGCCCUGACCAUGACAAUAAUAUACUUUUUCACGGGAUAUGGAACCAUAUACUGGUGUGUCCGCUCACGACGCCUGCUUGCCUAUAUGGAGCUCAUAAAUCGGCAGUAUCGCCACCAUUCACUGGCCGGGGUGACCUUUGUAAGCAAUUACGAGUCAUACAGGUUGUCCAGGAACUUUACCGCCGUGUGGAUAUUGGCCUGUUUGCUGGGUGUCAUCACCUGGGGAGUCUCCCCUUUGAUUCUUGGCAUCCGGACACUGCCACUACUGUGCUGGUACCCCUUCGACGCCCUAGCUCCAGUCACAUAUUCGGUGGUUUACGCCACUCAGCUAUUUGGCCAGAUCUUGGUAGGCCUAACCUUUGGCUUUGGGGGAUCCCUGUUCGUGACCCUCUGCCUGCUGUUAUUGGGCCAGUUCGAUGUGCUCUACUGCAGUCUGAAGAACCUAGAAGCCCAUGCAAGGCUCCUUUCUGGCGAUUCAGUGAAGGAUUUGAGUUUGUUACAAGGUGAACUGUUGCUGGAGGACUCUACAAGGGAGCUUAAUCAAUAUGCUGUUCUCAAGGAGCAUCCGACGGACUUGUUGCUCCUCCUCUCGGGCUGCGGAAAAUCGGACGUCGAUAAUGUGCUCCUCGAAGGCUUAAAGGAGUGUGUACGACUGCAUCGUUUCAUCCUGCACUGUUCCAUUGAGCUGGAGAACCUCUUCAGUCCAUAUUGCCUAGUCAAGUCCCUGCAGAUCACCUUCCAGCUCUGCCUCCUCGUAUUUGUGGGUGUGUCCGGAACCCGUGAGGUCUUGAGAAUUGUAAACCAAUUGCAGUAUCUGGGACUUACCGUGUUCGAGCUCAUGAUGUUCACCUACUGCGGCGAGCUUCUGAGCAGGCAUAGUAUUCGGUCCGGAGAUGCCUUCUGGCGGAGUGGGUGGUGGAAAUACGCCCGCCACAUCCGCCAGGACAUACUUAUUUUCCUGGUAAACAGCCGACGGGCAGUUCACGUUACGGCAGGAAAGUUCUACGUAAUGGAUGUGAAUCGAUUGAGAUCGGUUAUAACACAGGCUUUCAGCUUCUUAACUUUGCUGCAAAAGUUGGCCGCCAAAAAGGCCGAACCGGAACUUUAAACAAGAAACGCAUUCAUUCACAUUAUAUGUACACCUUAACAUUUUCGGUAUCCAGCAUCCUGGCACCCCCUCCCCAGAAAAGCGAGUCUAAGCCCAUGUCUCUGUUGCCGUUGGCUUGUCACUGAUAAGGAGUCCUUUUCCAAAAAUGUAAACAUUUUGCCAGGCGCUAAUGAGAUGCCCUUCAAAAU